AUGUGGUCUCAAGUUAAAAUAGUUUAUGGCAAAGCUUGUCACAGCCAAUCUCAAGGAUUGAUUGAACGAGGUAAUCAAGACAUCGAAAGUAUGAUAGCAACUUGGAUGGAAACUAAUGACAAUGCAAAAUGGUCUGAAUCUUUACGAUUUAUUCAUGCAAUGAAAAAUUCAGCAUUUCAUUCAGGUAUAAAACGAUCACCCUAUGAGGCAAUGUUUGGGUGUACUAUGAAAAUGGGACUUGCUACUUCGAGCAUAGCCAAAAAUGUGAUAACAGAACUCAUUAAUGAAGAUGACCUUAUAUUCGUUCUUGAAGACUCUAAAAUUACAAUUUCUAAUGAGAAUGAGGAGACGAAUACUACUGAAAAAAUCAAUGAGGACAUAGACAUUGAUCAUAACCAAGGAAAAAAAUCGAUAUUGAAGUCACUACAAUCUCUGGAAAAACAAGCAAAAAAAAUGAAAACAAUAUCUAAUAAAAAUUUUCCUGCUGCAUUAAUUGGUCAAACAGUGCGAGUGAAAAUUCCAGAUUUCGACCGAUGUAAAAUUGAGUCUCGCAAAUUAUUGGCUGUAGUUGUUGAAAUUAUUGACGAAGAAUUUUAUCGAAUAGGAUCUAAAGCUGGGGCAUUGAAUCAAUUAUUCACUAGAAAUCAAUUUACUUUAUGCGGAGAAAAAUUUAUUUCACUAUGA